GGCAUCUACAAUCUCAGCGGUCUGGGCAGUGACAUUGCUGUGAAGCAGAAAGGGGUAGAGGACACUGUGGUCAUUAGGUCUCAUUUCUCUUGGGUCAACUUCAGACACCCCUGCAACUCCCUGCGGCGAGGCACAGACAGUGCAAGUGGAUCUUAUUAUUUAACCACCACCUAUGGGGCCCUGGAGCACAUCAAGAACUACGACAAAAUCACCGUCACACGGCAGCUGAGCAUGGAGGUGCAGGACUCCAUUCACCGCUGGGAGCGACGGAGGACGCUGAACAAGGCCCGGGCUUCCCGCUCAUCAGUGCAGGAUUUCAUCUCUGUCUCCUUUCUGGAAAUCGGUGCUCAGUCAAGGACACUUGCUUCCCGGAAUGACACCACAGCUGAGCAGCUGAGCCAGCAGUGUGCUGAAAAGUUUGAAGUCUCCCAUCCCAAGGACUACGGACUCUUUGUUUAUGUUGAUGACCAGUGGCUGCAGCUGGACAAAGAUGCCCUUCCUCACCAUAUCAAAGCCUCCCUGCUGAAGAGUGAAACCAAGAAAGAUUUCCAUUUUAUUUAUAAACCCAUAGACCAUAAAACCUCACCAGUUCCAAUUGUCAAAGAGUCAGACUUUGCCUAG